ACACACAAACUGGCCUCGACCACUUGCAUUAUAUCUCUUCUUUCUUCUCUUUUUCACAGAUUAAUUAGAGACCACAUAAAAAAUGGGAGACACAGAGGAAGUGAAACUGUUGGGAGUAUGGUUCAGUCCGUAUGCCAUAAGACCAAAGAUCGCUCUUCGUAUCAAAUCUGUCGAUUAUGAUUACUUUGAAGAAGAUCUGUUUGGAUCCAAGAGUGAACUUCUUCUCAAAUCAAAUCCGGUUCACAAGAAAGUCCCGGUUCUCAUCCACAACAACAAACCGAUUCUAGAGUCUCUCAACAUCGUUGAGUACAUUGAUGAGACAUGGAACGCAUCUGGACCGUCCAUACUUCCUUCACAUCCCCAUGAUCGCGCUCAAGCUCGCUUCUGGUCUGCCUUCGUUGAUGACAAGUGGUUUCCGGCACUGAAAGCGGCAGCAAUCACCAAAUCGGAAGAGGCAAAAGAGAAAGGCAUGAAAGAAGUGGAAGGAGGGUUAUUGCAACUCGAGGAAGCUUUUGUUUCUAUAAGCAAGGGGAAACCGUUUUUCGGAGGUGAAGCGAUCGGGUUUAUGGACAUUUGCCUUGGAAGCUUUGUUGGUAUCUUGAAGGCUAGAGAGAAGCUUAAAGGAGAAAAACUUUUAGACGAAUCAAAAAUACCUUUUCUUUGUAAAUGGGCCAACGAGUUCUUGUCUGACAAUACCGUGAAGAAUGUGGUACCGGAGAUCGAUAAAGUUGUUGAGUUUCUAGGAGAGCUUGAGGUUAGAGCUCAAUCAGCGGUUUCAAAAACUUGAGAUCAUCGUUGAAAGCAAUGGACGUGUGUCAUGUAAGUGCGAAAAUAAGUGAAAGGUUGAAGUGUUGUGUUGAAUGUAUGCUAUUAUUUUAUACAAUGAAUUGUGUAUGGGUUUAUGGACUAUUUUCAUUAUAUAUUUAUCGAUAAUGCUUCCAAUAA